UUUUAUUUAGUUUGUAACCGUUCUUUGAUAAGAACGGCCGGUUAUAAGUGUUGUCGUUAGCAAGAAUGUUUCGAUUAUGUAGUGCAGAUGAUUAAGGAACCAAAACAUUCUGGAAGACAUCGGCGUGGCGCCUGCCGGCUCCGGCAUGGGUGGACGCAGGCUGAUUAAGGCUGCGGCUGUGCUCAUUGUUUUGGGUUACAGCAGUUUGCUUGUUUAUCAAAGCGGAGUGAACUUUAAUUUUCAAGACAAUCGAGCAUCUGUGCAAGUCGCUGUCCUAUCAAUUGAACCUGUUACAAAGACCACUUUGUAUGAUAGUGAACUGAGUAAUAAUAUUACUUUAAGUGAUGUAUUUAUUAGUGUAAAGACUACAAAACAUUAUCAGUAUACAAGACUGCCAAUUAUUCUUAAGACGUGGUUCCAGUUGGCUAAAGAACAGAUAUGGUUCUUCACAGACACAGACAAUCGACAACACCAAAAUCAAACAAACGGCCACAUGGUAAACACCAAUUGCUCGGCGUCACAUCAGCGAAAACACCUUUGCUGCAAAAUGUCCGUGGAAUAUGACCGUUUUCUGGAGAGCGGUAAAAAGUGGUUUUGUCAUUUCGACGACGACAAUUAUGUGAAUGUGCCACGACUUGUCAGCGUACUCCAGACUUAUAACCACAAAGAGGACUGGUAUCUGGGUAGAACCUCCGUUUACGAACCAGUUAAGAUAUUUAAGAAACCAACCAAUAAGCUAAUGUUCUCGUUUUGGUUUGCCACCGGAGGUGCUGGAUUUUGUAUCAGCCGGAGCUUAGCAUUGAAGAUGUUACCUGUAGCAAGUGGUGGAAGAUUUAUCAGCAUCUGCGAAGGAAUCAGAUUGCCUGAUGAUGUAUCAGUGGGCUUUAUUAUAGAGCAUCUGAUGAAGAAAAACCUUACUCUAGUACCAGAGUUUCAUUCACACCUGGAACAGAUGAAGCUAUUGCCACCUGAGACCUUUAGAGAACAGAUCUCUUUUAGUUAUUCGAAGAUUAAAGAAGAAUGGAACGUCGUCAAUGUUCCUGGAUUUGACACUAGAUAUGAUCCAACUAGGUUCCUGUCUCUACACUGUUUUCUUUUUCCCCAUUUCAAGUUUUGCCCGAGGUAGCAUUUGCGACAAUUUUAUUACUUGGAUAAUAAUUGCGACUAUUUCUGUCAAAGCUUUCUCUGUGCAUUGAUAAAGGUGGUGCUUUUACUGAAAAUGUUCGAAAUUCAAAUGUGUGCAAUUCAAAAAUCGAAUGCAAUAAUAUCAACACUUGUGAAAGUAAACCCGAUUACUUCAAAUCAUUUUCGUAUACACAAAGCUGUCAUAUACAGAUAUAGUAUAUUGAACUUUUGUCAAUAAUCAAACAAUCACAAUUUUGUAAUGCUCUUUUAUACUUACUAUUUGUAUAAAUAAAAAACUGUAACUAGCCUAUCUCUCUUUAGAAUUUGUAAAACUAAUCAAGAUUUUAUUAUAACUGAGCAAGACUUUUACAAUUAGCGUUUUAGGUUGUGAUAAAUUGUAAGAGAUCUUUUGGUGUAUAAAAUUCGAGCAAAUCUGAUUUGGAUAUAAAAUAUACGUACAUAUGAUAUUAUUUUUCUGAUUUUGUUACUCUUUCUUAUGUAUUUAUUAUUGAAGCUUAUUUUAUUUCAAUCUGUAAAAUUUGUAUUUUUAUCUUUGUAAAAUUUAAUCUGUGAUAUUAGAUUACAUUCUUGUAGAUAUUAAUUGUUUUAUAUCGUGCAUAUAUUUUUAGAAGUUUACUUAAAGUCAAAUGUUAUGAUAUUGUUAUGAUUUGUUUAUGAAAUAAACAAUGUAGAACUGA